AAAGAAAUCAUGUGAUUUCUUUAGUAAUUUUAUACACGCAUAAAUCUGGUACUUGAAUUCACGUGAUAAUACAUUACUAAAAAUGGCAUUCUGGGCGUUAAUUAUAUGCUUUUGUUAACAUUAAAUUUAAAAUAAAAUAGUAAAAAUAAGGUCAGUCCAGAACAUUAUACAUCCACCUUGAUUAAUUUUAGUUGUUAUAUUUCAUCUGUAGCCUACUAAUGAUAAUCCAUAUAUUCGCAACCUUCAUACAUAUAUAUAGGCUACAAAAUUUUGAGCUGCCCGCUAAAUCAAAUAGUCUACCCGGCCGCCAGGCAAUGCACCAUGCAGUCACUGAAACACGGAGAUUAAAUUGAGUAUUCAUCUCUCUCUCUCUCUCUCUCUCUCUCUGAUGUAUUUAUUUUCUUUACAUCAAUAAAUUAUUUUAAUUUGAAUUUGAAUUUUUCUCUAUUGUCCGUAAAUGCUGGCAAACCACAAAGUAAUCAUAUUAUGUAUUAUGAAAUAGAUUUCAGGGUAGCAUUGUUGGAAUAUAUUAAGGAAUUAUCACCAUAGUAAGCUAAAAUAAUAGGGCGAGGGAGUUUGCGCAACGCGCUGCUCGGAUGGUCUGCCUUGUACUUGCCAGGCCGUUGGCGCGAAAACUGUGGGAAAGACAGGGACAGUUCAGGAAGUCUCAGGCUGUUUUGGAGCCUUUCGUGGCUGUGCUAGCAAAUAGCAGGAAGAGCGUAUCCUGCUACUGUAUGGGCUGGAUCAACCUCAACUUGUAACUGGUGGUAGCUACUCCAUCCAUUAAUUCUUUCCCUCUGUUGAGACAACUUAAAGUCGUUUAACAAUGAGCGCUGAACAGCGAACAAACUUGAAGUUUUUGGUGCAGUUGGGGAAAACGCCGUCAGAAGCACUGGGUAUGCUGCAAAAAGUGUACGGGGAUGAGACAAUGUCACGCUCACGUGUUUUUGAGUGGUGCAAGAGGUUCAAAGAGGGCCGGGAGGACGUGGAAGAUGACCCCAGGAGUGGAAGACCCUCAACGAGCAGGAAUGAGGCCAAUGUUGAGCGUGUCAAGCAGAUGGUGCGUGACGAUCGUCAGUUGACUGUUCGAAAGAUCGCAGAUGAGCUUGGCAUGAACCACAACAGCGUGUGGAAGAUUAUCACUGAAGAUCUGGGCAUGCGGAAAGUCUGUGCGAAGAUGGUGCCGAGACUCCUGAACGAUGACCAGAAGGGACGACGCAUGCAGGUGUGUCAGGACAUCCUCGAGCGUCUGGAAACUGAACCAGACUUGCUCAGGAGAGUCAUCACCGGCGAUGAGUCCUGGGUAUUUGAGUACGACCCGGAGACCAAACGCCAGAGCCUUCAAUGGAAGAGUCCGGCGUCGCCACGGCCGAAGAAAGCAAGGCAGUCCAGGUCCAGCUUCAAGGUCAUGUUGAUCGCUUUCUUCGAUGUGAGGGGCAUCGUCCACUGCGAGUUCUUGCCACAGGGCCAGACAGUCAACCAACAUGUGUACAAAGAAGUACUGCGGCGUCUGCUUCGUGCAGUGCGCAAGAAGAGGCGGGAGUUGUGGCAGGGCAACUCGUGGCUGCUUCACCACGACAAUGUGCCUGCUCACAAUGCCCUGAGCAUCAGAGAGUUCUUGGCCAAGAAGAACAUCGCCGUGCUGGAGCAACCGCCCUACUCACCUGACCUCGCUCCGUGCGACUUCUUCCUCUUCCCCAAGCUCAAGGAGGUCAUGAAGGGGACCCGUUUUGAUGAUGCGGACGACAUCAAAAAGGCCGUGACGACGGAGCUGAGGAGCAUCCCGCAAGAAUCCUUCCAGCAGUGCAUGCAAGCCUGGCAGAGAAGGAUGGACAAGUGCAUGCGGUGCCAGGGGGAUUACUUCGAAGGAGAUAACCUAUAGUUUGUAGCCUGGAUGUGAAAUAAAACUUGUGUGGCACCAG